AUGUACACAGCACGGAUGUGGCAUACUUCGCUCAUCAAUUUAUCUUUAUUUUUUUUCGUAGCCCAAUGUACAACACCAUUUUUAAACAUUUAUUUGGAUGAACGAAGUCAGAAGUCAUUACAUGCUGUUCUAAUCAAUGCUCUUGAUAGCAACGAGUUAUCUGCUAUACAUCAUGGUGCAGCCGGUUUGAAACUUGCAGGCAUCCCGAUUGAAGCUGGCAAGAACAAAGCUCUCUGCAGUAUAGUUAAAAAAGCGAAUGGCGAGGAAUUAGGGCAACUAUAUCACGCAGUCAGUGCUGCGGCUGCUCUGAAAGAUUGUUCGCUUUCUGUACCGAAUGCUAAAGGAAUUGUGGAAGCAGUGCUAAAAGAAGAUCCUCCAACUUCUCACAACAUAUAUUUGGCGCUUGCUAUUGCCGAAAAAUUGAAAUUGAAAGUAAACUAUAAUGGUUUUUCCGAAGCUUUAACUGUUGCAUUGGCAAAGGAUGAUAGCGCUUCUAGUCUUGCAUAUGGGUUGAAUGCGGCAGCUUUAUUGGAUAACAUCAACGCCGAAAAGUUCUUCAUACGUAUCGAAGAUUUGGUUGGUCAGGCGGAUGAAGUGGAUAGCAAGUAUCUUCAUCUGGAAGGCGGCUUAUCAAUCACUGCUUUUGGUGUUUAUGGAAUUUACAGCUUAGCUGAUAAACUUGACAAGUCACCAAGUGUGAAAAGCGACGAAGCGGUGAAAUUGGCAAAUUACUUGCUUAGUCGUAGAACUGUGCAGUUGGAUCGUGGCGCCUAUCUCCUGUUGUUGACAUUGAAGAAGCUUGCGAAUAAUCAUUUCCAAAUUCCAGUUGUCUUUUCUCUGGCAUCAAGCGUAUCUUUAUUAGAUGCAGCCAAACCAUUGAUAAUUCGUGUUUCGAAUGUAUUGGGCGAAUCGGUUGGACCAUUGUCAGUCAUUUUGGAUACAGCGACGCAUGUAGCUUCCAAAGAAAUUGCAGUUAUACGACAACAGUUAGAAGUUACAUCUGAUAAAACUAAUACGCUAUAUGAAGUAUAUGUUAAAAAUAUUAAGCAACGUGGAUUUUAUAAUCUUGCCCUAACCGCUGGAAGUCAGGAUAAACGUUUGGUUGGAACAAAUGGUGCAUCACUUAUGAUGAGGGUACUUAUAAAAACGAAAGUCGAGGAUGUCACGGUGGCGGUAUUCGAUCGAGAACUUCUGAAGCCGUCGUCAUCCAUUUCAGUUAAAGAAAGUUCAAAGAUAGGAAAAACUCUAGAAGCCGACGUGCAUAGCAAGAUGGAGAUCAGAUUUAAAGUUAAUGAAGCAAAAACUGGUGAAGCACUGUUGGUUCAUCAGGCAUUCGUAGUAUUUGUUCAUAGUAAUACUCGUCAAGAAAUUAUCUUUGUUGCCACACCGGAUCACAACCACAAUUAUGUAUUUGAUGUGGAUUUCGAAAAAGUUGCGAAAGAUUUUGAAGGCUUAUCAGGCCGGUAUGUGGUACGAUUAAUAGUGGGUGAUUCGGCAAUAUCACAUUCUUUAGACUGGAAUUUGGUGGACGUUAAUCUGAAACUUCCCGCAAUAGCCGCUCCAAAAAUCAAAAAAUCCGAACGCAUUAUCUACGAAAAAGCACCGGAAAUCAAACACAUGUUUCGAGAACCAGAAAAGCGGCCGCCCCGAAUUGUUUCAACUAUUUUUAUUUUCCUCUCCUCAUUUCCAUUGCUCGUUGUCCUCAUUUUGUGGCUACGCAUUGGAAUAAAUUUUGGAAAUUUGCCGGCGUCCCCCUUCGUUUUUCUUUUCCAUGGUGGUUUAACAGGAAUAUUCGGGUUAUACUUUGUUUUCUGGCUACAAUUAACCAUGUUUGAGACGCUGAAAUAUUUGUCAGUGAUUGGCACUAUAACAUUCAUUUCCGGAAACCGUUUACUGGGCACACUUGCGGCAAAACGAAAGUAA